AUGCAUUUAUUGCAACGGAGCACCGCACGACGAAAGGCGAUGCAUAUAUUGCAACUCGUGAGCCUGGCACUGCUGCAGCACGCCGCAGCGUUGCAGCUGCCUUGCUCGCCGCGGAGAAUUGGCCCGCUCGCCGCCUCACCCGUCUGCGAAUUGCAAGACGACGGUCCAGAGCUUGACACCAACGCCGCAGCAACACUACAAAGAGCGGGCCUGAACACGCCGGCUGCGGACGCGCUCGUGUUACGAGGGAUUGAUUUCGAGGACGACGGCGACACGCUCGAAGCACUAGAAGCCUACGAGGGCGCCGUCGAAUUGGACCCGAAUCACCCCGAUGCGCUGUUCCGGCUUGGCGCACUCAAUGUGCAGUUCGGCCUUACGGAAGACGCACGAGACCUAUUCCAUCGUGCGUUGGAUGCGGACCCGGACCACUCCGCGGCGGCGGCGUGCCUGCACCUUCUACAAGACGUCGACGCGACCGAGCUCGACGCGCAGCACGCGGCGUCGAUCGAGGCCGCGCGUGCCGAGGACGACGCCGUCGAGGAAGAGGUGGACCUCGUGCCCGUCGACGUCGCGCGACGGACGGCCGUCAAGCGGAUCCCGCGCUUCCUGACCGAUGCAGAAAUCGACGAAUUGACAGCGACGGCCACGGCCGUCGAGGCCGACGUCGGAGCGGUGCAGCGCCCGACGCGCGGCGGCGGCUGGUCUACGGUCUACCUCAACGCGGAACUGGGACGGCGGCUGCCGUGGUUACGGGAGCGGGUCUUCGCCGCGGCGUCCGAGGCGGAUCAGGAAUUGUGGGGCGGUAUACUAGAGGGCAAGGCCGUGAACCUGCGCUGCGCCGAGUAUCACACGGUAACGCCGCCCGGGAACCUAGCCUUCGAACGGCACUACGACCACGGGUCCCUGAUUACCAUAGACAUCAUGCUCUCGGACGCGACGGCCUUCGACGGCGGCGCCUUCGCGACGUCGGAGCCGGGCGACUACAUGCUUCAACAUCCGUUCGAGAAAGGGGACCUGCUCCUCUUCCUGAGCCACAAGUACCACUGCGUCUCACCUGUUGAGAGUGGUACUAGGAACGUGUCUGCCUGUGUGGAAAUCAACCAGUGUGUCGGGUGCAUCAUCACGUGGCCGCGCUGGCUCCGUCGAGCGGCGAGGAACCUGCAUCGCCACGCCAUCGAGCAGGUGUCGCGUCGAUGGCGUGGUGGUCGACGCGGCGAUUCAGGACGAACGCGCCGAAAAUUUGAUUUCCACACAGGUACUCGUCGCCGAGUUGUGGGAGGGCGACGAGCGCGAACCCGCGGACGGGCGGUGCGACCAGCGGUACGGUGCACGCGCGCCCGACGCACCCACGGUCGACCGAAGAGAUCAACCCUCCGGGCAGGACGUUUUCUCCGGAUUGAAUUCAUAACAUGUGUACU